AUGGUGUUAAAAAGUUCGUAUAUAUUUUUCUUUCUCUUUCUUGUGAUACUUAAUUUUAAUAACGUUGUAGAAGGGGAGAAUGAAACUACAACUAUCGAAAAUAAUCCAGUAAAUAAUGAUAAUAUUGGAAGGUCAGGACCAAAUGAUAAAAACGAAAAUAUUCAAAAGGAUGUAAAUAAUAACAUGGGUAUGAAUAAUAAUAAUAAUAAUAUCAAUAACAACAACAAUAAUAAUAAUAAUAUAAAUAACAACAAUAAUAAUAAUAUAAAUAACAACAAUAAUAAUAAUAUAAACAACAACAAUAAUAAUAAUUUAAAUAACAAUAAUAAUAAUAAAAGUGGUAAUGGAUUUUCAAAUUUUUUCAAUAAACUUUUUGGAAAAAAAAAAGAUAUGAAAAAAGAGGGAGAUGCAAAAAAUGAAGAAGAUUUAAAUAAAAAUAAGAAUAUUGAAAAUAAUAAGGGGAGUGCUUUAAGUUCUAAUGUAGAGGGUACAAAAAAUCAGGAUAAACCAAGUGACAGCCAUAAUAAUAAUAAUAAUAAUAAUGAUGAUGAUGAUGACGAUAAUGAUGAUAAUGACGAUAUUGAUGAGAUUGAUGAAAGGGAGGAUAGCGAUGAUAAUGAUGAUAAUGAUGAAAGCGAUGAUAACGAUGAUAGUGAUAGUAACGAUGAAAAUGAUAAUAAUGAUAAUAAUCAAGAAGAUACCAAAAAGGAAGAGAAUAAAAUUAAUUUUACAGAACAAAAUAAAGAACAAAUUAAAAAACAAAAUAUGUUUUCAACUAAUAAUAAAGGAGUAAAUAAAUAUAAUAUAGAUAAUGAAUUAAAAGAAGUAGAUGAACUUUUGAAAAGUGAUAAUUAUAUGUUAAGCAAAUAUCAUGUUUCAUUUUUUAAUAAUUUUGAAGAGGAUACAUAUAAUAAGAAAAAAUUUAUACGACCUUAUGAUCUUAGUAUGUUAAAAAGUAUAUUAAUAUAUAGACAAAGAGUAACAAGAAAUUGUGUUAAUAUUUUUCAAGAUUUGGAUGCUGUUUUUGGAAAAUGUUAUAAUAAAGAUGAUGCUAAAUUAAGUAUUACUCGUGAUAAGGUUAAAAAAGAGUUAAGUAGGAAAAAUAAAAAUUUUGUAGAAUAUUUAAUGGAAAUGUUAGAAAAUACACUUAAUCGUAUGAAUGAUGAUUUUAUUAAUAAAGAUAUAUUUGAUUUAAAUAAUUAUGUUAAAGAAUUUGAAUUAAUAAAUUAUUUAUUAAUACAUGAAGAUUCAGAUAUAUUUUUAGAAACAUAUAAUUUAAUAAGUGGAUUAAAUUCAAAGAUAGAAGAAACAUCUAUUGAAAAACUUAAAAAUGUAAUAUUAAAAGGAAAACAUAUUAAUUACAAAAUUAAGGAUGAUAUUUAUUAUAUCCUUAAAAAGGCAUAUGCUAAAUAUUUUAAAAUUGAUGUAUAUAAAAAAGGAAAAUUAUUAUAUCCAACUUUAUAUUAUCAUAGAACUGCAUUUAUAAAAUCUUUUGUAGUUGAAUUCUUUAAUAAUAAUAAAGUAUGUGAAAAUACAAAAUGUCCCCUUAAUUCAAACUGUUAUGUUAUAGAUGAUGAAGAAACAUGUAGAUGCUUACCUGGAUUUAAUAAUAUAAAAAUAGAUGAUGAAAUGAAUUGUGUAAAGGAUGAUACUUUAAAUUGUUCUAGAAACAAUGGAGGAUGUGAUAUACAUGCUAAAUGUACUCUUGUUGAUAAACAAAUUGUGUGUGAAUGUAAGGAUAAAUUUGAAGGUGAUGGAAUAUAUUGUUCCUAUUCUUUUUUUAGUUCAAUACAUAAUUUUAUUUUCUUUUUUAUAUUAUUUAUAUUUAUUUUUAUUUUAUAG